GUUCUGCAGAGCUUGUGGGUUUUCACCAGCAAGCGGCAGUGGUUGGGCGAAUGACCAGAAAUUCCAAUGGUUUCCUACUAUUCGGCCAAGGGUGCCAGCGCUCCAAGGCGCAGCCGGAGUGCAUCAGUGCGUCGUAGUGAUCCGGAGAAUGUCCCGGUGACACCGAUCUCUUACUAUGAGAGAGAAAGUCGACGUCGAAACCGAGCACUGCGCGAUGAAUUACGUGGUGCAGAGGCCAGCGGAUUGCUGGACUUAGCCGUUCAACGGGGACAUUCCUGGGAUACCAUUGGCAUUGCGACCGCUUUACACGCCCUGGCCAUAAAAGUGCGAGAUCAAUCCACCUCAUCCCAAGAGAUUCUGAGGGAUCAACGAUGGCAGCGCCUUUGUUCCUUAAGCUUCGCACGCUUGGUGGAAGGUGAGGCACGAAACUUGGCCAAUGUGGCCUGGUCUUUGGCCAAUAUUUUGGAGAGAGAUAUGCCGUUCCAAAGUCAUUUAGCAGAGCUGGUGAUACAACGAGCAGAAGAGUUGAAGACUCAAGAGAUCUCAAAUCUGAUGUGGUCUGCUGCAACUUUGCGGUUCCACCACGCUCCGAUGAUUUCGAGCCUAUUGUCGGAAUCCACCAAACAAAUCGGCCUUUUUUCAUCCCAAGAUGCUGCCAACACUCUCUGGGCCAUUGCUUCGCUGGCGCUAUCCAGGGAAAGCAGCGCCUUCUCUUCUUUGCUGGGGAGCGCACUGAAUCACGUCAACGAGUUCAAGCCGCAGGAGUGUGCCAACAGCAUUUGGGCCUUGGCCAAUUUGGCUUUCAACGACACAGAGCUCAUCAGAGGCAUUGCUUUCCGUGCAGUCGAGAUCCUCACGGAGUUCCGCAAUCAAAACUUGUCCAAUUUCAUCUGGGCCUUCGCAAAGUUGGGUCACAAAGAUGAAGAAACGACUGUCAAAGUUUUGGAGCUGUCUCGGGAGAGGCUUAUGACAUUUUCACCACAGGACCUGACAACAACAGUUUGGUCUUUGGCGACCAUGGAGCAUCGAGAUGACGACUUCUUGAAGCUGGCUGUGAUGGAGCUGCGCCAAAGAGCUCAACUGAAACCAUUGCAUCCGCAGCAUAUGUCCAACACAUUUUGGUCCCUUGCUGUUCUCAGCUACCCAGACACGCCCAUGUUUGAGUUCCUGUGUGACUCAAUGCGCUUUCGCAUCAAGGAAUUCAAGCCUCAGGAGAUUGCGAAUUUUAUUUGGUCUAUGGCCAUAACUGGAUAUAAAAGUCCAGGUGCGCUGAGUUUCAUGCUUCCUUGGGUGGAAGAGAUCGUACAUGAGUUUAGUUGCCAAAGCACUGCCAAUUUUGUUUGGUCCUACGCCAAACUUGGACUGGAUGAUUUCAAAGUCAUCCGUUUGAUUGAAAGUGCUGCGACCAGAAAGUUGCACUCAUUCUCUGAACAAGACUUGUCCACGACUCUGUGGGCUUUCGGUACCAUGCUGCACCGCAAUGAUCACUUCUUAGAAGAUUGGAUAGAAGUGGUUUCCAAACAUCUUCAACGUGCAUCCUUGAAGCCUCAGCAUGCCUCCAACAUCCUGUGGGCCCUGGCAUCAAUGAUCUUCUAUGAUGCUCCUUUUUACACUGCUCUUACCCAUGGCAUCCAAAAAUCCAUGAAAAGCUUCGCUCCCCAGGACCUGGCUUGUUCCAUCUGGGCCUGUGCUACUGUGGUUCACCGCGACCCAAGCUUCACAGAUCUGGUGGCUGACCAGGCGGCUGCCCAACUCAGGCAGUUUGAUGCACAGAGCGUGGGAAAUACGCUGUGGGGAGCGGCCUAUUUGAAGACCUCAGUUGUGAAGUUGUAUGAUGCACUGAGACUUAUGCUGGAUGACUCCACUUUGUGCUGCUACAAUGAGAAGGUGCUUGCCAUGGUCACCAGGGCGUUGAUGACUGAACCAGAAAAGGUUGAGGAGUCCUGGGAACUUUUCCAGCAGUUGCAGAGGCUUGAUGUGAACCCUGGGAUCAGCGCUCUCAGCUUGUACUUGCAUCGCAGCCGCCACUUGCAGCCAUCCCUUUAG